CUCUCAACACUGCACACACUGGGCAGCGGGCAGCCGCCAGCUCCGGGAAGCUUCUUCUGCUUCUCCGCUCUGGUUCCCGAUCCUUCUCCCGGAAGCCACUCGCUGGUUCCGCGGACUCCGGCUCCAGCCACCCAAGGCCACUUCGCCGAGUCCCACCCCAUCCCGCCGAGCUAUUUGGAGGGCACUUUCCCGGAGCUCAAAGUUGCCCAGCGUGCACGGUCAGACCCAGCGAGUGAGCUCGGACUGUAGUAUCCGCGCUAGCAUUCGGCAACUUUGAAGAAAAGAGUAGCAGUCCCCGCAGUGGACCGCAGCAGCUACGAUGACUCCCUGGCUUGGGCUUGCGGUGCUCCUGGGCUGCUGGAGCCUUGGGCAUUGGGGCGCAGAGGCGUGCACAUGUUCGCCCAGCCAUCCCCAGGAUGCCUUCUGCAACUCCGAUAUCGUGAUCCGAGCCAAAGUGGUGGGAAAGAAGCUGGUGAAGGAGGGGCCUUUUGGCACACUGGUCUACACCAUUAAGCAGAUGAAGAUGUACCGAGGCUUCAGUAAGAUGCCCCACGUGCAGUACAUCCACACGGAAGCCUCUGAAAGUCUCUGUGGCCUUAAGCUAGAGGUCAACAAAUACCAGUACCUGCUGACAGGCCGUGUCUAUGAGGGCAAGAUGUACACAGGGCUGUGCAACUUUGUGGAGAGGUGGGACCACCUCACAUUGUCCCAGCGCAAGGGGCUCAAUUACCGCUACCACCUGGGUUGCAAUUGCAAGAUCAAGUCCUGCUACUACUUGCCUUGCUUUGUGACCUCCAAGAAUGAGUGUCUCUGGACCGACAUGCUCUCCAAUUUUGGCUACCCUGGCUAUCAGUCCAAGCACUAUGCCUGCAUCCGGCAGAAGGGUGGCUACUGCAGCUGGUACCGAGGAUGGGCCCCUCCAGACAAGAGCAUCAGCAAUGCCACAGACCCCUGAACCCAGACCUGCUGCCCCACCUCACCUCCUUCCCAUCCCACUGAGCCUCCCGGACACUAACUCUUCCCAGAUGAUGACAAUGAAAUUAGUGCCUGUUUUCUUGAAAAUUUAGCACUGGGGACACUUAAAGUCUCUUCUAUCUAUGGAGUUGAUUUGAAAAUACCCUCCUGGCCCUGACCCUACCCCUUCUUUUUUGGUUUUGAUAUCACCCACUUCUAACUGGGAAUCCCUGGUGCCAAGCCAGAAAGAAUGAGGCAUGUAUAGUCCUCUUCUUCAUGAUAUAUAAUCUAUUUUUAUAGGAAAACAAAAAUUGAAAAAUCUAUCCCAUUUGGGCAUUUAAUAGCUACCCCUCUUUCUUCCUCUCUUUACCACAUCCUAGACACACUUCCAGUUACACUUCUUCAUCCUAGUACACAAAGGACAUAGAUAUGGAGGUUGGCAGAAGUCCAACUGUUUCCCAAUCAGUCAAGGGCAGCAAGCAGACAGAUGCAGGUUCGAAAGACCUUAUCCACAGAGGAUAUACAACUGUGUAUCUGGAUCAGAUGUUCUGUCUAUGCAAGUCAGAGUGAGGGAGGGAAGCAGAAAACUACAGAACUGGGUCUGACUCACAAUUCCCCAGCCCAGUGAUACUGGGGUUGACCAGAUGUUUCAGAUUCUGGAGCAAGCAUCCAUGUCAGAGUAACAGAACUUCUACAUUGGUGAAGACUUAAACAUCUGCCUGAGUUCAGCAGACAACCCGUCUAUCUGUACAAAAUUCAGACAAAGGGUUGAGAUGAACAUCUCUCCUUUCCUGCUUCCCAUGAGACAUCCUCCUGGGAAUUCUUGGGGAAGUUUGGUUUGAAGCUUGCUGAUAUGUAAGCUGGAGAAAUACACACCAGACACUAUCCACUGAUAUAGUCAAGUAGAUUUGGGUAGAGAAUACUAUUUCCAAAGUAGUGUUUAGCUCAUCGUGUUUAUAUACACAUUUUCAUAUACCCACAGGGUAUUAUGAGCUAAUUUUUAUAGGACACAGAAUUCUAUUCAAUGCUGUUAAAUAUGCAAAUAGUUUAAUCUCUUUUCUUUUGUUGUUUGAUGGGAAAUUGUGACAUUCCAAGUUGACUUUUUUCUUUUCAUUUGAAUUAAACAUUUGAAACUCUGAAAACCUUCAGUACCCUCUUGUCCCUACAACUGGGAUUAUCUGACCUCUCACCCCUUUCUUCCUUCUGCUUUGUACUUGGGUGGCCUUCACUUAAUUGCCUUACUGGCCAGCUGGUGGCAGGUGAGCGUGAGUGUAGGUUAGGGGCCUUCACAUGAGAGGGGCAGUUGCAUAGCAUUCUGCCUCUGUGAAAUGCCUCCUCUCCUGCAUAUGGGGACAUAUCUUCUUCCCCAGCUCAGUAGUGGGUGAAUAUUACCUCCUGAAAUGGACACCUCACAGAAUGAACAUAGUUGGUUACCAAGAGAGCCAGGCUCUGCUGUCAAAGUGUAGGCCUUUUGUUGUGUCAUAUUUUUGUUUUGAAAAUAAAACUAUAAUAUAAAUUUUCCAAUUAAAUAAGAUUAUUUUAAGUUUUAGUGUCAAAAAUGCAUUGCCAAUAGUAGGUGAUAAUGUGUAUUUUACAGAGUUUGAGAUGGUAAGGUGGUGACAUUUAUCACAAUUACUCUCUGUCUCUUUUCAGAUUAUGUGUAUUUAUCCUCUAUUAGUAUCAUAUCUUCAGUCAUUCCACUUUAGGAAACAUAGUUACCAAUUAUAAGUAGAGAGAGAAAGGCCAACAUGUUCCUCCAAUGUCUGCCCCCCAACCCCACUCCACAUACACCAAUUCUUUGGCCUGGUGUUUGAUAGACUAGCAGAACAGGAAGACAGUUCAGGCAGUGGAUGUCGGGUUUCCUCUUGGUUGAUUUCAUUCCCCUGUAACUUUGCCCUGUAUUCACAGGGAAUAGAAGGCAUGGUCCUUUCCACGUGUGGAGAAGGAGCUGAGAUUAAGGGGUGACUUACUGUUUGGGGUUCUUUACUCAGAGUCUCCUAAGAUGGAUCUCUGGAUCUACCUUGCUCAAGUGCCCUCCCAUAUGUACACCCCAGUGUCUCUUUUAAGAGGUCUUUAGCCAUUCUCAAUGUGUAAUCACCUCACUCCUAGAGGAGACACAGGUGAGGCCUGAGUGUAAAGCACCUGAAAUUAACCCAGAGAUAAAAUCAGCUGGCAUAACCAUGGUUCCAGUGGCUUUCAAGGCCCUGCCAAGAAGUCCUGGGCAAGGAGGGGCCUUCUGGGAAAGUCACGUCACCAGAGGGUGGUUUCUGAGCUUUCUAUAAGCUAUAGCUUUGUUUAUUUCACCUGUUCACUUACUGUAUAAUUUAAAAUCAUUUAUGUAGCUGAGACACUUUGGUAUUUCAAUCAUAUCAUGAAUGUUUUAUUUUGCUAAAUCAAGUGUCAUGCAUAGGCUGUCCUAUGUACACUGUGUCUAAGAGAAGAAGAAAAAGAAAGAAAGAAAGAAAGAAAGAAAGGAAGAAAGAAAGAAACCCACAUGCCAUUUUCCUGAUUCAAAUUCUACAGUAGAAUGGAGGGUAGAACACUGGGACUCAAGCACUCAGCUAGACUGGAGUUCAAAAAAAUAGAAGGUACUAGAAACAGCCUCCUUUUACCUCCUCCCCAUGGAAUCCCAAGGGUGGGAAGGAGAAGAAGAAAAAAAAAAACAAAGUACACUGAUGUUCUUGUCCUGUAUCAACUAUCUCUGGGUCAUCUGCCACCCACUUCCCAAGACCUUUUUCUUACUCAACCAGGAAACUAUGGUUUCUGCAACAUCCGGGGCCAUGGCAACUGUGACUCCAAGCUCUCUUUGUCUCAUCUAGGCAUCUUUUCUGCCUCUCAGCCAAGGAAUUCCUAUGCACAGGCUCUUGCUUCCCAGAUUAUCAUCUGCUAUAGCCGGAGUGGGGAGCUUAAGGAAACCCCAGUGCCUGCCUUCUCCAGCCCUAACUCUGCCACACAAACACUGUUUCAUGUUGUACUUCUUAAACAAUAAAGGACAUACAAUGACCUUUGGGGAUAGAUCUGUCUGGGAGAUAAUGUGGGUCCAGGAGCCAUUACUGUCUCAUGCUAAGGUGGCAUACAGGUGGUUGGUUCCCAGCUACUUAAAGUUAAAGGUAUUUGUAUUGGUGAGAAACUUUAAAAAGUAUAAUGGCAGAAGCACAAUGAAACGUGAGAAGGCAGGAGAGAUCAUCUCAACAGAUCUAAGUUGGCUAUUUGGAUUUAGGAGGAGAGGACCUAAGAAAAUGACCAUGCUCUGAGGACAGGCGUACCUUAGAUUCUCUAUGACUACUUUUCCUCUAGCCAGUUGCCUGUGUUGAAGCCCAGUGAUGAUGAAGAGACACCAACCAGAGAAAACCCUGUCUAGAAGGAAUGUAUUUGUUGCUAAAUUUUGUAGCACUGUUUACAGUUUUCCUCCAUGUUAUUUAUGAAUUUUAUAUUCCGUGAGUGUAUAUUGUCUUGUAAUGUUGCAUAAUGUUCACUUUUUAUAGUGUGUCCUUUAUUCUAAACAGUAAAAUGGUUUUAUUUCUAUCACA